UAAUGCCAAAAAUGUGCGAAUAAAUGCUGAACAUUGGGAUGAUAAGGGCUUACAUUUGCCUGCUGUUAGAGGUGGACAUAUGUCAGACAUUAUGUUUCGCAUGAAUUUGCCAACCCUGAAGAAUUUUUUUUUAAAACAAUACCUAAUAAUUUUUGAACUUAAUACAGUUAAAAUUUAAAAACAAAAUGUAUACUUCUUAUUUGGCCACCCUGUAUUAUUGCAUCAAUAAUAAUACAUUAUACAUAGAAUAACAAGUGAUCUGAGAUAUUUCUUGCUUUACUGCCCGAGGUGAAUUUGACCGCUGCCCGCGGAUCCCCGAAUCGGGAACAAAACGAACUCCCGCGCAGCCAGCCCCCCCACUUGUCGCCAUGCUGCGCGCCGCCAUCUUGCUCCUCGCGUGGCGGUUAGCUACCAGCGUGGAGUUGCCUAAAGUGAAGCUGAACGAUGGCCGGGAAAUGCCGGCGCUGGCGCUCGGCACCUAUCUUGGCUUCAACGAGCACGGCAUAAUCCGCUCUGACAACCACCAGCUCCGCGACGUGAUUUCCCGUUCCAUCGACGUGGGGUACCGCCAUUUUGACACGGCGUUCGUGUAUGGCACGGAGGGCGAGGUGGGGGAGGGGAUAGCAGCCAAGCUCAAAGAGGGAGUGAGAAGGAGCGAUAUAUUCGUCACCACUAAGUUAUGGAACACUCAGCACAAACGGGAGCAGGUGGCAGCGGCCAUACAGCAGUCCCUCAAUGCAUCAGGACUCGACUAUGUGGACCUUUAUCUCAUGCACUGGCCCAUUGGAUUGAAUGAGGACUACAGCUACUCCGAUGUGGACUUCAUGGAGACCUGGCGAGGAAUGGAAGACGCCCAACGCCUGGGCCUGGUGAAGUCUAUUGGUGUCUCCAACUUCAACCAGAGGCAGCUGGAAAGGCUGCUUAAUGAGAGCAGUAUCAAGCCCAGCGUGCUGCAGAUUGAGGUCCACCCGCAGCUCCCCCAAACCCCACUAGUAUCCUACGCGCAAGGCCGCGGGCUGGUGGUGAUGGGCCACAGCCCGCUCGGGGCGCUCGUGGCGCGCUACGGGGCCCCCGCGCCGAAGACGGAGGGCGCUCUGCAGGAGCUGGCCAAGAAAUAUGGGAAGACCGAGGCGCAGGUCAUAUUGCGGUGGCUGGUGGAUAGAAACAUAGUGCCGAUUCCAAAAACCGUAAAAUCAAAGCGGUUAGAAGAGAACAUCAACAUCUUCGACUUCAAGUUAGAAAAGGAAGAAAUACAACAGAUUAACACAUUGAACACCAACACGAGAUUCACGCUGCCGUCGUUCUGGCAAAACCACCCUUAUUACCCGUUCGAGAAGAUUGAUAAUCCUAUACCUAGUCCUUUUGGUUAGCCCUCCGAACGCCACGCCUAUCGUACGCGGCGCGUCAUUUUGAACCUUAUCGGAAUGCAUGAAGGUUGGUAUUGGGCUGUAGCAUGUCAGUUUAUGUCUUUGGCGCCUGGUAAAUAUCAGUGUUGGUUGACCGAACGUUAAUUAGAAUUGACCAGGGGUAGGAAACUAGAGCGUUCGGGCUUUCUCGCCUCCGUUCGGCUCGGCAUUGCUCCGAGCAAUUAUUAGGGUUGGCACAACUUGACGUCACUUUGCGUGCACAACCACAGAUAAGAUAAUUACAUGAAUUUUGACAACCCUAAAAUAGCCGAAAGGGAAAGUUCCAUACAUUAGAAAGGGACAAAAUGAUUCGGCCCUGAAUCGCUGUCAAACUUCGGUUUUGUAGGAAGUUUCCUUUCUGUACGAUAGUUAUCUGUGCCAUAACAAAUUGAACCGUAAGCUGUAGCCGCGUUACGGUUUCAAUUUGUAAUGAUUAAUGGUCAAUUCUCAUUAACAUUCGGUCAACACUGGUAAAUAUAACAUAACAAUCAAUUUUUUGCGUUUAGGGAUGUGUAAGUUAUCGAUAAUAAAUUCGAUAAUUCUAGUGUUUAUAAUACUUAAGAGAUGGCGCUGUCAUUAAAAUUAUUCUAAUUAUAUUGCUUUUUAUUACGGUA